ACAUGCCACCAGAAACGCUAGCUCAGGGGAUUAAUUUCAGCUAAUGGCCUAAUUAAAUGAAUCCAAAAUACUUCUUGGUAGUCUUAACGUUUUUUCCUGGGUAAUAGUUGUUUAUUUGCAUACCUACUUCAGAAAGCUCAGAUGUUUGAAAAGCUUUAAAAGUAAUCUUGAUGAGACUGUAAAGAGAACAUGGAAAAAAUAAAUAAAUAACUAAAGGCAGAAAUGGAAAACAAAGAGUUUAGCUCAGCUAUAACAAAAGCAUCACCUGAAGACCCCAGUUAUGGUUCACAGAGUUUCCUCCCUGGAGCUCCAGCUAUUCCACCCCAAAAAAAGCCUGCAAGGCCUGUGACCCUCUGGAUGCCAACACCUCCACCAGUCAUUAACUGUCCCCCUGGCCUGGAAUACUUAAGCCAGAUAGACCAGUUACUUGUCAAUCAGAAGGUGGAACUUUUUGAAGCCUUUACGGGUAUUGAAACCAAUAACAAAUAUGAAAUCAAAAAUGGCAAGGGGCAAAGAAUUUAUCUAGCAUCAGAAGAGAAUGAUUGCUGUACUGUGCAAUUUUGUGGCCCAACCCGUUCAUAUACAAUUCGGAUUCUUGACAAUGUGGGUCGAGAAGUAAUCACGUUAAUAAGACCAUAUCGUUGCACUAGCUGUCUCUUUCCAUGCUUCUUACAGGAGAUGGAAGUUCAGGCCCCUCCCGGUAUAACUGUUGGCUAUGUUGUGCAGAACUGGCAUCCCUUCCUUCCUAAGUUCACGAUUCAAGAUGAUAUGAAACAGGACGUCCUGAAGAUCUUUGGUCCUUAUUGUACCUUUGGCUGUAUUACGGAUUCUGAUUUUGAGGUAAAAUCUCUUGACAGUCCUUCCACAAUUGGUAAAAUUUCAAAACAAUGGUCUGGUGUUAUUAAGGAGAUGUUCACAGAUGGAGAUCAUUUUGGAAUUCUAUUUCCAAUGGACCUGGAUGUUAAAACAAAAGCUGUGAUGGUCGGUGCCUGUUUCUUAAUAGACUUCAUGUUCUUUGAACAUAGUGAGUGAAGAAAUUUAGAAUUUUCAGGCAGAGAGCACAGAAUGUCUACAACCGGUCGGUUGCCAUCUACUACAAGCCUGUUAAAACAAAGGCGAGAAACCAGCUUUUUUGUGGAAAUAUGAAUUUUGUACUAAUAUUUCCAAAACUUGGACUUUCUGUUCAUUCUUUGUAUAGUAAUUAUAAUAGUUAAGUGCUAAAUCUUUUGAUUUUUAGUAGAUGUAAAAGCAAUACUGAAAAUUACACUGACAAUAUUAUGCUGUAUGAGCUGAAAGAAUUGGAAAAAUAAACAUCUAAUUAAAACUAAGACGCA